UCGCCAAAAACACAAAACAAAAAUCUAAAUCUAAAUCACCCAUCCCAUUCGCCGGCAUUUGUUCUGGUUUCGUAGCACCUUUUGACAUUCGUGUAUCAAGUUGGCGGGGCGUUUUGGCCAUUUCGGCUAUAAAUAUGUUGGCUCGUGGCCAGUUCUUCACUAGUGUUCUCCCGUCUCUGGAAACAGCAACAGCAUGAAAUUCUUCGCCGUCUUGUCUCUGGCCCUCCUGGCUCUGGCCUCCGCCGAUGUCAGCCACCUGACCAACACCUACCUGCCACCCCACUCCGGCGCUGCCUCCACCAGCUACGAGUCCUACCAGGAGGCUCCAGUCGAGGCCACCAACUCGGUGGAGACCUACGAGUCCGCCCCCGCCGCCGAGGCCAGCUACGAGUCCGAGUCCUACUCCGCUCCUGCCGCCUCCUACACCAGCGAGUCCUACGCCGCUCCAGCUGCUGCUGCCGCCGAGGAGUCCGUCUCCUACGAGCAGCCCGCCGCCUCCUAUGUGGCUCCUGUGGUGGCCAAGACCACCUACGUGGCUCCCGCUGUCUCCAAGGCCUACAUUGCUCCCGCCGUCACCUCCACCUACACUGCUCCAGUUCUGGGCAAGAGCUACACCAGCUACUCGGCUCCCGCCGUCGUCAAGACCUACUCGGCUCCAGCUGUGACUUCCUACACUGCUCCCGUUGUGGCUAAGACCUACACUGCUCCUGCUGUCUCCACCUACUCGGCUCCUGCUGUGGUCAAGACCUACACUGCCCCAGUUGUGGCCAAGACCUACACUGCCCCAGUUGUGACCAAGACCUACACUGCCCCAGUUGUGGCCAAGACCUACACUGCUCCUGCUGUGGUCAAGACCUACACCGCUCCUGUGGUGGCCAAGACCUACACCGCUCCCGCCGUGGUCAAGACCUACUCCGCCCCCGCCGUCUCCACCUACACCGCUCCCGCUGUGGUGGCUAAGACCUACUCCGCCCCGGCUGUGUCCACCUACACUGCCCCCGCCGUCUCCGCCUACACCGCCCCAGUGGUGACCAAGGCCUACACCGCUCCCGCCGUGGUCAAGAGCUACUCCGCCCCGGCUGUGUCCACCUACUCCAGCUACUCUGCUCCCGCUGUGGUGGCCAAGACCUACUCCGCCCCGGCUGUCGCCUCCUACACCGCUCCCUCGGUGGUCAGCAGCUACUCCGGAGCCGGUACCGUCUACGGAUCCAACGGUGGCUAUGUCUACUAGAUGCCAAGUCCACCAGAAACGAAGCUAAUCAUACAACGAACCUUUUUUUUUUUGAAGUGAAAUAAAAUAAAUCAUAAAUAAUGUGCUAAAAAAA